AUGGCCAUAGCCCAAGAUGGUUCUGUUAACGGUUUCGACGGCGCAGAAAGAGAAGCCCUUAUGACAAUCAAAUCUGAUUUCAACAAUCCUAAAGUACUCAAAAGUUGGACAGGUCUCAUGUGUUACUUAAACAACACGCCGAGUUGGUUUGGUAUCAGUUGUAUCAAUGGUCGAGUCACUGGACUUAGGCUAGAAAAUCUUGGCCUUAUUGGAAAACUCAAGCCAGAUGCACUUUUCAAUCUCACUCAAUUACAAACACUUAGUUUCAAGAACAACUCCAUAUCAGGAAACUUGAUGGACUUCUCCAAAAACAAAAAUUUGAAAGAUAUUAAUUUAUCUGGUAACAAAUUUGAUGGAGAAAUUUCACCUUCUCUUUUAACACUUAAUUUGCUAGAGUCAUUGCAGGUACAAAACAACAACUUGAACGGUCCGAUCCCUGGUUUUAAUCAGUUAACUUUGAAAGUUUUCAAUGUUUCUUACAACAAUCUUUCUGGUGAAAUUCCAAACACAACAGCCCUUAAGAAAUUUGGUACUUCCUCGUACUUAGGUAACCAAGAUUUAUGUGGCCCUCUUUUCUCUAACACGACGUGCACUAUCAAGAAUAAUGAUACAUCUGCUCCAGGUCAAAGUGAUGAUUCAUCAAAUAAUUCAAAAUCAUCCAUGUGGACUCCUAUCUUGAUAGUUAUUAAUGUUGUGGGCAUGGUUGUACUUUUAUUUCUUUUCAUUUACUACUUCAAAAAAUCCAAGAAGCUUAAGAAAAUGCUGACGAAGACGAAAUUAAUGGAGGUAGAAAAACUUGAGACUAGUAAAAUGGAGACGACGACGACGCCAACAGAAACAACAAGUAUGGAAACCAGAAGUGUGGAAUCAAGAAGUGUGGGAUCAGAAGUGGAAUUAGAGAAAGGCAAACUGAUAUUCUUAGGUAGUGAAAUAAAUUUUGACCUUGAACAUUUACUAAGAGCAUCAGCAGAAGGUUUGGGAAAAGGAAAUUUUGGGAAUUGUUAUAAAGCAAUGUUAGUAAAUGGACCUACUGUUGUGGUGAAACGUUUAAAGGAUUUGAAACCUUUGACGAAUGAAGAAUUUGUGAGACAAGUGAGAGCUAUUGCUGAUCAGAAACAUCCAAAUUUGUUGCCUCUUCUUGGAUAUUAUAAUACAAAGGAUGAGAAGCUGCUCCUCUUGAAAUUUGCACCUAAUGGAAGCUUAUACAACCGCAUUCAUGGAGGAAAAGGGACGAGAGAUAGGAUUCCAUUUCGAUGGAGCUCAAGAUUAUCAGUUGCUCGUGGUGUCGCUCGAGCACUAGAGCAUCUGCACCUCAAUUGCAGCUCCUCCCAAGUCGCCGCCACAGCCGCCGUUGUUCCCCACGGCAACCUAAAAUCCUCCAAUGUUUUACUAGACGAAAACGAUGAUGUUCGUGUCGGUGACUAUGGGCUCACUUCCCUUAUUGCACUUCCCAUUGCUACUCAACGAAUGGUUUCCUACCGAUCACCGGAAUAUCUAGGCUUCAAGAAAGUGUCCAAGAAAUCUGACAUUUGGAGCUUUGGCUGCUUUCUUCUCGAAUUGUUAACAGGUAGAAUAUCAUCACAUUCUGCUCCGCGGGGAGUCACCGGUGCGGAUCUCUGCAGUUGGGUUCAUCGGGCGGUCAGAGAAGAAUGGACGGCUGAGAUCUUUGACACUGAAAUAGCUGUUCAGAGAAGUGCCAACUCAGGGAUGCUACGAUUGCUACAAAUAGCGAUAAGGUGUUGUGAUAAAUCGCCGGAAAAACGACCGGAGAUGAGUGAGCUGCUGAGGGAAGUGGAAAGCAUUAAGGGUGCAGUUGACUCUGAAGAUGAAGAGGAUCUGUCAUUGUCAAUGGAUAUAACGGAGGAUUCCAUAGCAUCUGCGACUCCGUCCCGAUAA